CGUCAACCCGAUGCAUCACAACCGCGACAGGGCCAACACUUCUGCAAUUCAAAUGAAGCACACCAAACCAUCAGCAUAAUUCCUUUACCAUCGCUCUCCCGGGCCCGGAUUGAAUCGAAUCAUUCAAUCAUUCAAUGUGAUGUGCUGUCAGCACUAUGGUUCGCCUUGCUUGGAUCUUUGGUGGUUCGCAAAUCGAUGUCGUGGAUUGAUGCUCUGUUCAUUCUGGGAAGGUCCAAGCACACAAAAAACAAUUCAAGUUAUCUGCAAACACAAGCAUCGUUAGCUACUUUGAAAUUGUUCAGUGCGGAUCAAACAUGAACAAACAAUCUUCCAAUCCAACGGGUCGUCGUCAGACGAUGCUGGCCCUCAUUGUUGCCCUCUUCGCAGCUGCGUUGAGUUGCAAGCCAGGUAUUUGGUUUGGAGCCUUGCAAUCAACCGCCGAAUUCAUUGCACAUGUCCCCUUGUGGCUCGAGCCCCCCAAAUUUUCUGUCGACGAUGGCGUAAAGGCUCACAUCUCAUUCGAGUCCCCGAACACACCGAUUAUGGCAGCAGCACCCGAGAUUGACCAGGUUGCCGUGGAAAAGACGAUUUUAUCGGCUAGAGAUAAUCUUUUUCGUGCAAUGGACAGUGAUCAACCCGCUUGGACGGAUCCGCCACAAAUGGGGUACGGAUUUGAGUCUAUUUACUUUUUCAUGUUGAAAGCUCUUGGAAAGGUCGAAGAGUCCAGUUUCAACGUGGAUAUUUUUCGAAACAUUGUCGUUGGUGCGCAACUUGAAGAUGGUUCUUGGACUCAGGUCCCUGUUGGAGAUCCUUUGCAGGGUGGGGACGUUGAUACCACAAUCCUGGUGUAUUGGUUCCUGAAGAGUGUCUGCAACUCGGACUGCGACUCCGUGCUGAACUCAGCACGCGAGUUUAUCCUUCGUCAAGGGGGUCUCGAGGGCGCCCAAACAAUGACCAAGUUCAAGCUAGCCCUGUUUGGCAAGUAUCCAUGGGAGCAGACUAGUCCUCUUCCCAUCUCUGUUUUGCAGAACCGUACAUUCUUUAAUGACCAGAUCAAGAGAAGAACACUCGAUAAAACUGCCCAGUGGGUGCCACAGCAUCUCGUACCCAUGGCGUACUUGCGCUACAGAAAGUUGGUUCUCCCGUUUGGGAGCGACCUGAGCGAAUUAUUCGUUGAUUCUUCCAACCUUGUCCCUAUCCGACCUGACAGUGGAAGGGAUGGCCACAGUUGCUCCGUUGCUGAUCUUGAGGGCCUUGUUGAACAAGUCUUGAGUUUCCAGCAACCCCUGGGCUCGUUUGGCGCAUACACAGCCGCGACAGAGCUCUCGCUGCUCGUCCUUCAAGACUACCAGAGGCUCAUUGAUGAGAAGCCAGAAAUGAAAGAGGCUAGCAGGAGGGGAUUUGAAUUUCUCGAGCGCGUCAACUUUGAAAACGCCAAGGGCUCUCUCUAUCAAGGACCAGUGAUGGAUGGAACGUGGUGGGAUACUUUGCUAGCCGGUUGGGCCCUUGUCGAGGCUGGGCUGGAGCCCACCCUUCUCGAGCCAACCAUGGACUUGCUCCGAUCAGAGGCGUUGCAACCAAAUGGAGGCGUCAGCUACGGCCGCGACUUUGAGUACGCCCCUGAUGCGGAUGACACAUCCAUCUAUUUAAUGUUGCAGCGCAGUGUUAAUAGUACUGUGGAUGGAACUGUAUCCAUAGCCUGGCUGGAAGCCAUGCAGAAUGCUGAUGGAGGGUUUCCGGCAUUUCAUGUGGACAGGACACCUUGGUGGACAAUGCAGAAGGUGUUUGAACUCACGGGUGUUGCAGACUCUGCCGAGAUCUUUGAUGUUUCGAGUGCCGAUUUGACAGGUCAUGUCUUGGAAGCGCUUGGUGCCGUGUACACCAAGGACCACCCGAUUGUGUCACGUUCCAUUGAAUAUCUAAAAUCCACACAGACAAGUUUUGGAGCCUGGGAAGGCAGAUGGGGAGUGAAUUACAUUUAUGCAGUUGGUGCCGUUGUCCCGGGUCUUGCCAAAGUUGGCGUGGAUGUUGGAAGCGAACCAUGGGUUGUCAAAGCCGUCAAGUGGCUGCUGAGUCAUCAGAAUCGUGAUGGUGGGUUUGGAGAGAGUCUGAAGAGUUAUGAUGACGAAAUAUGGGCUGGUGUGGGUGCAUCGACGGUAUCUCAAACUUCGUGGGCUCUCAUGGCGUUACUGGAAAUGCCAAGGGGCGUUUCAGGUCUGGAGGAGGCCAUUGACCGAGCCGUACAGUUCUUGUUGAACAGCUUUGAGGAGAAUGGCAGCUUUGUGGAUGCAUCCGUUGUCGGGACUGGUCAUCGUGGCAUUGUGAACUUGCAGUAUCCAAUGUACGCCAAGGCUUUCCCACUGGUGGCCCUCUCUCGAUACCAACACAAAAGGAAGGCUCAAAUUUAGAUGUCAAUGAUGUAGUUCUAUAUACUCAGAUGCAGGUGCUAAAUAUAUAACAUACAUGUACUAGU